AUUUUAUUGAAUUACAUGUAAUUGUAAUAUAAUUAUACAUUAAGUGAUACAUUAAUAUAAACCUAAUUUGAGUGCAAUAUAUGCUUUGCUUUCCAACUCAUUACCAAUUAGUGGCCAAACAGUGAUCGUCUCGAGUGGUGAAGUACGAGAAGAAGUGGAAGUAGUGGUGAGUGAUGGCUGAUCUGGAGAGGAAGUGGUGUUGCAAUCGUUGCACUUAUCAUAACUACUCGAAGGCAAACAAGUGUACCAUGUGUUCAGCCUUAAGACAAUCAGCCAUUCAGCUCAUCAUUGAUGAUAAUUGCCAUGAAAAUCCAUCGCAAGAUAUCUAUAAAAUGUCUUCACUUCAGGACUCGAUAUGUGAUAACAACCAGAAGUCUUCGGCGAAGAAUGAGACGAACAAGAAGUGGUGGUGCGAUGUCUGCACUUUCCUCAAUCAACACAAAUCACUCAAAUGUGUCCAAUGCUUGACUCCACGCAAGACUCGCAAUACAAGUCCUAAACCUGAAUCUGAUUCAAAACAAAUGGCUUCUAAUGAAGAGCUAUCG